UGUUUGUGCCGCGGCCGCUGUCAGAUUCGCCUCUUGCACGCCCGAAAGAGGCUGGUGCAGUCGCCGAGCGUCUCCGCGCUCCCUCUCGCCUCUGCCUACCAGCUGCAGCCUCUAGCCCGGGAAUCCGCCGACCUCUCAAGGAGGGUUGCAACGCCCUUGCUUGCCCCACGCCCGCCAAAGAAGAAGAAGAACAAGAAGGGGGGGGACGUGAUCUGCAGCCCAGCCCUGCGGGGGGCUCGGGCUGCGUUUGCACGCCCUCUUUGCACCCCCCUUUUGCACAGGGCUCUUUCUGGCUCUUUCCCCGAGCGCGCGGGGUCUCCAGGAGGAUGCCUGCUUGGAAACUUUAGUCCGGGGAAUUGGGGCGGAUUCUGACUCUACAGCAACCUCGGUGUCCCGCCAGUGGGAUCGGGUUGACCCCGCAGGGGCAUCCGGGGCUCGAGCUGGCGGGUGAUGAGCCGAGGCUCCGUCCGUUGGCAUCUCCGUUGACCCAUCUCUUGGCCUCGGAAGCCCGAGCAGCGGCCAAGUAAACUUCCUCCGUCUUUGGAUAGCUCUCUGCUCACCUCCCCACGGCGCUCCAACUCGGGGACCCGAGCUUUUGCAAGCGGGUGGAAUUGUCCGUAGGAAGCUGGUGGGCAGCCUCUGUUCGCAUCCCUGCGAUGGGAAGUAAGGCCAUGGACGCCAAGAAGAAGGAUGCCUCGUCUGGUAAGAAGAAGGACGCUGGCCAGAAGAAACGCACGCUGCGCGUUCACAUCCCGGAUCUCAGUUCCUUUGCCAUGCCGUUCCUGGAUGGGGACAUGGAUGGGUCUGAGAAACAUGCUCCGCGAAAGACGGAAGACAGCUGCAAUUCAGGAAGCCCCUCCAAAGGAAUCUUCUCAAAGGGGUUCCAGAACCGACCUUCCAGUCCAUCUUCUGCUCCUGUCAAGUCUAAACAUAGUCCAGGCUCACCCAAAACGGUGUUUCCCUUCCCAUACCAGGAAUCACCACCUCGCUCCCCUCGACGCAUGAGCUUCAGUGGGAUUUUUAGGUCGUCUUCAAAGGACUCUUCCUCCUCUGGCUCUAACCCUUCCACCUCCCCCGGAGGAAUCAAGUUCUUCUCCAGAUCAAGAAAAACGUCUGGCCUUUCCUCUUCACCAUCGACUCCCACCCAGGGAACCAAGCAGCCGGCAUUUCCACUUGAAUGCUACAGACACGAACCGGAAAGGCCAGAAACACGGAUUCACACCCCCUCUUCUCCUCCAGAUACUGGCCAAAGAUUUGGCCUGCUUCUGGGGCAGGGGGCUGCCAAGCCGCCCUCUCCAACACCUGUCUGUUGUGUUACCUCAAAAAUAGCAGGGCCGCCUCACUCCCCGGCCGCUUCCGAAAGGAUGCUGGAGAAACUGGAGCUCGAGGAUGAAGGUAGAAUUCAACUAGCAACCACCAUUGGGAACAGAAUUUCUGUUGCUAAGCAAGGCAGUUCUGUUGGUGAAUCAGAAAGUGAUAUCUACAUGCGAUUCAUGAAGUCACAUAAGUGUUACGAUAUUGUUCCAACAAGCUCAAAGCUUGUAGUUUUUGAUACUACACUACAGGUAAAGAAAGCUUUCUUUGCUUUAGUGGCAAAUGGUGUUCGAGCAGCUCCACUGUGGGAGAGUAAAAAACAAAGCUUUGUAGGAAUGUUAACUAUAACAGAUUUCAUUAAUAUACUGCAUAGAUACUACAAGUCUCCAAUGGUACAAAUCUACGAACUUGAGGAGCACAAAAUUGAAACAUGGAGAGAGCUUUAUUUGCAAGAAACCUUUAAACCCCUAGUGAAUAUUUCACCUGAUGCAAGCCUUUUUGAUGCUGUAUAUUCACUGAUCAAAAACAAAAUCCACAGAUUACCAGUUAUUGAUCCUGUGAGUGGAAAUGCACUUUAUAUACUUACCCAUAAAAGAAUACUCAAGUUUCUCCAGCUUUUUGUGUCAGAAAUGCCAAAGCCUGCCUUCAUGAAGAAAAAUCUGGAUGAACUUGGAAUAGGAACUUACCAUAAUAUUGCCUUUAUACAUCCAGACACUCCUAUCAUUAAAGCCUUGAAUAUAUUUGUAGAUAGAAGGAUAUCAGCACUACCUGUUGUGGAUGAGUCAGGAAAAGUUGUAGAUAUUUAUUCCAAAUUUGAUGUUAUAAAUCUUGCUGCUGAAAAAACUUAUAAUAACUUAGAUAUCACAGUGACACAAGCUCUCCAACAUCGCUCUCAGUAUUUUGAAGGUGUUGUGAAAUGUAAUAAGCUGGAAACGCUGGAGACAAUUGUGGAUCGGCUAGUUAAAGCUGAGGUGGGUAUGACUGUUCAAAUACAAGAGAAGAGGAGCUCUAAAUUGCCUGGCCGGAGGACAAUUGGACAGCCAUUAUUGUUAUGUGCAUUGUGUUUUCAGGUCCAUCGAUUGGUGGUUGUGAAUGAAACUGAUACUAUUGUUGGUAUCAUCUCCCUCUCUGACAUCCUCCAAGCAUUAGUGCUUACACCAACAGGCGCCCGGCAAAAGGAGAGUGGAACUGAAUGACUGCUUUAAACAGAAACACCUUGGAAAGAAUUUGAAUAAAGUGGCUGGGUCAUCUUUGCCUCAAGAACAUUGAUGGCAGUAGAGAAGAGUCCAAGUGAUGAUAAGAAUGUGUGUGUAUUAGGCUAAGUGAUGGAUAGUCUAUUAUUUCCCAGUGACUGUCGCAAAACAAGCAGCGUGACAAAAAGCUUCUGUAUUCAAUGCAGGCUUGCAUAUCAACAUGUUUGCCAAAAGAUUUCAUCUGAUGUCCAUCUCAAAUGCAUUGGAAAAGAAUAGCAUUUAAUGUUAUGUUUUAAUCUGAUGCAAGUCACUGGUCAGCAACAGAUCUCCGACAUAAGGCAAGUGUAUGGCAUAUUCAUAUCAGAGUGCCUUAUGUCAAAAAGCCAACAAUAUGUCAUCACUGUUGCCCAUCAUAGUAAAAGAACUUGCUCUGCGAAACAAGAUACUGUAUUUGAAAAUUCAAGUCGCUAAGCCUAAAACCAAAUCAAUUUCAGUUAUCAUUAGAUUUGUUCUAAAAGCUGUAAUUUAAAUAUCAGUAGAUUACUUUAAACUUUAAUUACAACUGUGUGUUUCUAAAUGUUACAUUCAGAACAGAUGGUAAAACAAAACUGAUUAAAAGCAGCUUUAUUUAUUUUUAUUUCUGCAAUUUUUACACAUCUUUGGUGGAUAGUUAAACUUCACCAUAUUCAUUAAUAAAGCAUUGAUUCAUAUGUAAGAAGCAAUUCUCUUAUUACUGAAACUGAUAAUAGAAGCAAUCUUUACAGAUGCAUUACACAAAAGAUUGAGAAAUUGUUUAUUAAAUGUAUUGCUACCCAGCAUGUUUUGUUUGUCCACAGCAGAGAAAUCAUAUAGUGGUAUAUGUAUAAGUAUGUUAAAUUUAUGUUGCCAGAAGGUAAGAAUAUAGUGCUAGAAAUCUAUAUCCUACUAAAACACUCUUUCCUAUAAGCUUUAUCUGGGCGAAAUGAUGCAUCAUAGGACAACAAUUUUUGAACCAAGGGUACCUCAAAUGGUUUAAUUUACAGAAAGUGUUCAAAAUCUGGGAUCCAUGAUUCCUGAGAGAAUGAGAUUAGGGAAAUUUGUGGCUUCUUCAGCUCUGAUCACCUGAUGCUCAUUUUGAACAGUUCUGUGAAAUCUACAAUAGUUUCCCAGCUACUUAAAUAUUCCUGUUUUUUUUAAAAAAAUAGAAAAUUUGAAGUCCAAAGCACAUGGAUACACAAAUUUACCUGCAGUUAGUUCAUAAUUUUUAUAAAAAUUAGCAGUACUACUGGAUUUUUCUAAAAUAUUGAAUGAGGGGAAUUUUACAUUGCCUAACUGCAUAUUGGUAACAACCUCUUGAAAGACAGGCAGAUUUCAGGCAGAGUUAAAGCUUGCUUAAUUUUGUUAAACAGAUGCUCAGCUUUUAGAUUAACUUUUAAAAUUAUACAGACUAAAUAGGUGCACUGAUGGAAGAAAACAAUCUGGAAAAAGCAACCAUCUGCCCUGGUUGACAAUGCUCUCUUUAAAUAAAGGCAGAAUUCAAAUUGAGGUGUGCAGAUGUACACAAUUUGCUGGUGAGAACAUUUUAUUCCACAUGUAAUCUUUUUCAUAGGAUAAUUCUUCAAACUCAUUUGCACUUGCCCAACUCCAACAUUCCUUUCUCAGGGUAUGAUGACCUGAAGUGAGCACAGCCUUCAACUUGUCAACUAGUCUGUUUCUGCUCCUUUCCUCAUGACGCCAAUCAUUUGCCAUUGUUUUUUUCUCCAGCAAGCAUCACUUUCUUGGUCAUUCACCAGUAAACUCAGCAAAUAUGUAUGUAACUCCCCCCUUCCACUGUUACCUACUUUUGCCAUUUUCAUGUCCAUUCUAGGCAGAUCUUUCAAUGCAGAUCUCUUCAAUGUCUCCUUUAAAAAAAUGGAGUACCUUGCUAUCAGUACAAACAAUGCCUGAAAUUUUUAGGCUCAUCUUUCAAAUUUAUCCUCUAUUAUAUGGCUGGAUUCUUUCAAGCAUUAAUUACAUAAACAAUCUGGCAAAUGCUAAAAAUCUAAUAUUCUAUAAUGCCCAAUCUUGAUAAUUUUCAUAUGUGUGGACUUUAGUUCCUAGAAUUCUUCAGGAGGCUGGCAAGGGAUCCUGGUAGUCCACAUAUCUUAAACUCACCAAGAUUCAGAAAUUUGAAUUUACAAUUAAUCAGAAACUAAUCCCAGCAACAUAUUCAAACAUGGUUGUAUUUUCAGCACAUGAAUGGUUCAUUCAUUGAAUCAAGACUGAAAAUAUGUUUUUUUCAAUAGAGCCUACAUUUUUACUCCCCCUGGCAUGUACACUUAAGAUACAAUAAACACCCGCAUGCAGUAAGGAGAAAGGUGGUAAAACUGCCAUUAUUAAACAUGAGGAGAAGCAGGGUCAAUUUAUGAAGCGGUCGCAGCUGUAUUAAAGUUUCCGGUAUAUAUUAUUAUAUAUUAUUAUAUAUAUUAUAUAUAUAUAAUAUGUUGGAACUCCUGAGACGAGUAUGAAACUUGCAAAGCAGAAAAACCUGAUGCGAUGGCCGCCGAGGGAAGAAAAGCAGCUGUGUCCUUCUGCAUGCAGACCCCCUGCAAGCUGGAUCAAGGGGAGUCCCCUUUCCCUCCUCAGCAUCUUGAGACUCAAGAGGCUAGAAUUCCUUGAUGUUGGGCUGCACAUGGAGCCACCGCUAGAUGGCAAUAGAGCAGUUUGGAAACUAACCUCUGGCUAUGGGCGAGAAAAAGUAUGCACGUACAUGUGGAGGAAGAAAAUAGAGAAAAGUGGGCUACUUACAGAGACUGGGUGUAAAGGAAGAGACAUACAUGUAGCCACAUUCUCACUUCUGUUUAUUUCCCUUUGUCCAAUGUUUCUCAACCUUGAGGGCUUGAAGAUAUGUCAACAAACUCCCAGUUACCCAGCAGCAGUCUGGCUGGGGGCUUCUGGGAAAUGAAGUCCACAUAUCUUAACAUGUUGAGAAACACUGGGCAUAAGGUAGACAAGUAUGUUACCCAGCAGAGAACAUUGCAAAUCACAUUGCUUCAACUAUCUGCAGGAAGGAGAUCAAAAUCUGCAAGUGGGUGCUGUGUUGAGAUCCAGGAUCUUUUGUACCUUGCAAAUGUUGACCUUGCUUUUCAGAGCUGAUUUGAUCUAACCCUGAAGCUUUGAUUUGAUCAUCUGGAAUUUCUACAGCUUUACAGAUCUUGUGAGCAUUCUGAUUUUCAGGGGCAUGAACCCCUAAUUCCAUCCCAGGGUCUCUUAUAGGUUAUGAUCAAGAUGAUGGCCACAAUGGUGCAAUCAAAACUCCCGUUUUUACAUACAUUUUUAAAAUCCAUAUGUGGAGCUUUUAUUGCACUAUUUUGGCGGACAUCUUGAUUUUUUUGACAGUAUCUCUCCUAUUGCUUGCUCAGAAUUAUUUUUUUCCCAUUGCCCUCAAAUAUGUGCAUCAACUCUUCAUGCAGCUUUCCUCAUUCUGUGUGCAUUAAUUGGAAUAUAUUCCCAACCUCUAGUCCAUCAGUCAUAACAACAGGAACUAGGACCUCUGCUCUUGGAGAAAGCCCCUAGUUGCUCAGUAACUUGCAAAUGGCCCUUUAUUUUUUACCAGGAGAAUGUACCAACUACUAUUACAUUAACCUGGCCCACCAGGACAGGAUGGCAAGUUAUGUUACAGAUCCCAUCAAAUAGGUAUGUACCUCUGGUGGGACUGCAAAAGAGGGCCUUCUCUGUGAUGGCCCUUUCCCUAUGGAAGAUAAUUCCACCUGAGGAACAGUUGGCUCCCACCAUGUUUGCUUUUUUGCUUAUUUAUCUUACCACCAGGUAACUGGGCAGCUUACAAUAUUA